AUGACGAUGAAGGAAGCACUCGCCUACCCAGGCCCAAAGGUCGACAUUGUUGACUCACCAAUACCGACAGCGGGAGCCUAUCAGAUGAUUAUCAAGGUAGUCUGCGUAGGACUGAACCCGAAAGAUUGGAAAGUUGCCGACGGCGUCGUACCUGGAGUGACGCGCACCAACGAAGGAGACGAUUUUUCAGGAGUUGUCCAUCAAGUCGGACAACAUGUGACCGAAUUCAAAGUUGGCGACCGAGUCGGUGUUUUCCAUAAAACAUUGAGUCCAGGAGGAGGCUGGGCCGAGUAUGCUAUUGCAUACGAGAGCAUGACAUUCCACUUGGCGGAUCACGUCUCGUUCGAAGAGGCUGCAACUAUACCCCUCGCGGCCAUAACUUCAUGCUUGGGAAUGUACCGCCGCCUUCCACUUCCAUAUCCAUGGGAUCCAUGCGAUAGGCUGCAGCCGUUUCUUAUUUACGGCGCCGCAUCUGCGGUAGGCGCUUACGCAUUGAAGCUGGCGGUGUUGUCAAAUAUUCACCCCAUUAUUGCAGUUGCUGGACGAGGACUCGACUUUGUAGAGACAUUGAUCGACCGGUCUCGUGGCGAUACCAUUAUUGACUAUCGCCAAGGAGAUGAUGCAGUGGUCGAAGCGAUAAAAACAGCUCUAGGAGGCCAGAAACUCGAAUUUGCGUUUGAUGCUGUGAGCGAAAAGAGCACCAUUAGGAACGUUUGCAAAAUAAUAGACAGAGAUGUUGGAAAGAUGGCCGUUGUGCUGCCGGUUCCAACCGAUGAGAUUUCCGAAGGAAUACCGCGAAAUAACACAGCCGUUGAGAUGUCCCAAUGUGAACUGGGGAAUGAAGCGCUUCUCAAAUCUAGUUCCAAGAGCAAAGGGCUAGGGAUACUCCAGUUUACAACUGUGAUGCUGAAGUUUAUCGGGAGGGGGUUGAACGAAGGAUGGUUCAGCGCGCAUCCUCACGAAGUUGUGCCCAGCGGACUAUACGGAUUAGAAAGCGCGCUUCAACGACUCAAGAGUGGAUCAGUCAGUGCAAGGAAGCUUGUUGUCCGAAUCUCGGAUACAGACGGGGUGGAGCAGUGA